CAACUGCUUAUCCAGACAGUGUGAAGUGAAAGACUCUGGAUUUAGGAAACAGAUCAGACAAGGGAACAGCGCUUUAGUUUGAGAGAUGUAACAGUUUUAUAGACUUAAAAAAAUCUCCUGAACGUAUGGCCGGUGAUGAUGACGGAUAAAUAAAGUGUUAUAUAGCCUAGUCAGUUCUGCGGGGGCGUUAUCUUUGACUCUAAAGUCUAUUCUUUUUUUUUGUUUUUUUCUAAAUCAUGCCACGUUGAGAUUACGCCUGUGAUGGGCUGAGCAAACGCAAUGAUCAUCCUCCUCCUGCCUUCACACACCGCUGCUAAACCGCCGGGAGUGGACUCGCCGAAAAGUUGUCGAAGUUGUCUUUCCUCACUGUCCAGAUUUUUCAUUUUCACAUAUCUGUGCCCUUGACUUCCUCAGUGCUCAGACCGCUGUCCUGCGGCCCGCCCCAGCAUGCUGGACUGACGUCUGAGGAAUGGCAUCGGCUGUGUUUGAAGGGACGUCGCUGGUCAACAUGUUUGUCCGGGACUGCUGGGUCAACGGGAUCCGGAGACUCAUCAUCAGCCAGCGGGGAGAGGAAGAGGAGUUUUUCGAGAUCAGGACUGAGUGGUCUGACAGGAACAUUUUAUACUUGCAUCGGAGUUAUUCCGAUCUGGGCCGGCUGUUUAAGAGACUUGUAGAGUCCUUUCCUGAGGACAGAAGAGACCUCUCCAAGUCCCCACUGAUAGAAGGGCUGGUAAAAAUCAAAGAGGCAAAUGACAUUGAGGAGAAACUGAAUGAGGUGGAAAGACUACUGAAGAAUGCUAUCAACAUGCCAUGCAAGUAUUCCAGGUCAGAAGUGAUGUUGACAUUCUUCGAGCGCUCGCCACUGGACCAGGUCCUGAGGAAUGACAAAGUCCACAGAAUCCAGCCGUGCUUUCAGAGUCCAAUCAAGAUAUCAGAAAUCAUGCGGUCGAAUGGAUUCUGCCUGGCCAAUACAGAGACCAUCGUAUUUGAUCACAGUAUCCCUGAAGAAAAGGAGAGACCUUCAUCCACUGACUCUGUGGAACAUACGUAUGAGGAUGGAACUGAGUUUUUGCCAGUGGAAACAGACGUGUGUGAUGAGGAAACAGAAGCAUAUGUCACCAACCUUUCCUACUACCAUCUGGUCCCAUUUGAAACUGACAUCCUGGAAUGAGGAAUUUACACAACAGAGGACUGCCAAUGAACAGUUGACAUUACGAUUGAGGAAUAUAUAUAUAUAUAUAUAUAUAUAUACUCUGAAAUGGAUCCAAGCUAUGCAAUGCUUCACAUAGCUGCUCUGAGUUAAUGCUGCUGCCUAGUGUAGCAAUCAAGGGUUGCUUAAAGUUUUCUUGCUCAUUUUGGAGUCGGGCAGGUGUACAGGAUGCACCAAAAUAUUGAAAGAAUGCAACAGCAUCGCCACUUUGUUUUCAUUUUAUGUGACGUCACCAGUGUGCCUCAUCCAGAGCCUUAAUUAAGUGUAUUGAAACAAAUUAAAAUGAGACAGGACUUCAGACUGACUAUACCUGAAGGCUUUCAGGUGAAGUACCACAACUUGCGGCAGCCACAAUUGAGGGUCGAAGUCCGCAGCGAUGUUUUCAAACAUGAUUCGCUGCCACUUUAAAAGAACUGAAAUUUAAUGCAUCAGUGUCUGUGGUUUGACUGCAGCCAAGGGGGUGAGGUCGACUGAAAGUUGGAAACAAAUCAAGCUUGUCGGGCCAUUCACUGUUACUUCUAAACUGAAUUUACUAGUGCUCUUUCUUUUUGACUGAGUUGUUUUAUCUUCAGUGUCAAUGUGCUCUGCCAGUUCCUCGGUGGACCUCCAUUAUAACAUUGGUCAACUUUGCUUGGAGAUUUGCGAUGCAUCUGUGUCUUCUCAUUUAAACUGCUCCCUCAAGUGUUAUCCACAGUGUUACCACUCUGGUGUUUUGUUUACUGUGGGAAUACAGGAAGCUAUUAUGAAGCUUUGUGUAUGGACUUUGUUUAUGGCGCAAUUUCCACCAGCAUUUAGGAUUUUCUUUUUUGUGUACCAGCUUAAAACUAUUUUGUUGCUGUGAUGUGCAGUAGGUUCUUUGGCAUGAGAGUACUCUAAGAUCCAGGUGAAACUAGAUGUGAAACUAGUGAAACUUUAAUCUAAAUGAAUAGAAAUGACAGUAAUUUAACCAUCUAAAAUUAAGAUUUAGACAAAUUGUUGUCACUUAGAGCUGCUGUUCAAUUAAGCAAAGUUUUUGCGACGCUUAAGCUAUAGAUACAUUUUCCAUAGUUAUAGGUAUGUGCUUCUGUUUCACUUGGUUCUUGGACUACUGUCAAUUUAAAGAAUGCAAAAUAAAUAUUAAGUGCCAUUAUCAUUUUGUUACUGUCUUUCCAAAGUGAGAACUUAAUGCUGCCUUUUUGGAUGUUGGUGAGAAGUUUUGUCUGAGUAAUAACUUAGAUGUCUUAGUAGUGUAGCGUAUAAUGUUGCUUAUUUUAUGUUCAUAGACAAAUAAUUCCAUGUAUCAGAGCAGAGAGUGAGUGUUGCCAUUAUGUGGAUUACUGAAUCAUCUCACUGCUGUUGUUGCCAUGUGAUGAGUGAUAAAAUAGGGCAAAGAAAGCAUUGUUUUAUGGGUCAGUUGAGGUCAUAUCUGACCCGCUCUGUAAGAUGACGUGAGUGGGUUCUGUCAGACAGCUGACUGCAGUGAAUGUGGGAGUCUGCUGCUUGGCCUGCGAUGGGGGAACAAGUCCUCUCUUUUUCUAAAGAAGACAAACAACCUUGCUGUACUUUCUAUAGGAGAAGCUGUGUGAAAUUGGCAAAGACUUGAUUAAAAUUCAUGCCUUUUGUAUGUUUUAUGGGUCCUUCCACAAUACGGAGGGUGCUUUGACUUCUGUAACUUCAGAAAUGUAGAAAAUACAUUUUUGUGUUGGGUUAACUGUAUGGGAGUCCAUCAAGUAUGCAUUGUUUUGACAGUUUUGUCAAUGCAGAGGUCAUUGUGGUCUUACAAUAUAGGCUAACAGCUUGUGUGCAGUUCUCUGCCCUUCUAAAUACAAUGGCAUUCAACCCUCACAAACUUGGCACAGAAGACUUCAACAGGACGGUCCUCCGCAUGAGUCUAUUUAGUAACACAGUCAUGAUCACUAUUCACCCCGUGAGAAAGUACAGCUCUUUCUCAGGGUGUGAAACUAUUUCAUGCUCUUUUUUUUUGGUCUUUCUUUUCUCCAAGAAUGAAUUGAUGGAUAGUCUUUGGACAUAAAGGUUUCUGUUGUAGAAAACAGCAGAACGUAAAAAGCACUGAUUUAAGAUGAUUCAAUAACAAGAAACUGGAAUUUGUACUUUCAUGCCAAGGUCAAAUUUUCUCUGCAAAGAACUGCAUGUUUUCUAUGAGCUCAUAUUUUAAGAUCAAAGAAUAUUAACACUCCUCUGUCUAUCUUAAGGCCAUUUGCAAGCUUACACAGUCAGUGCAUUAUAAAUAUUCUGCCACUGUUUCCGUGAAGUCAUGACUAAAAUGGUACUCAGCUGAUUUAGUGCAGCGAGAGGAAUGAGUAACAAAAUGCUGGUACUCCAGUUUCAGAGAAUCUAUGAAACAUAUCACUGUGCCCGUCAUUGUCAGCCAGGGGUGUGAGGACUCUGAGGAGGAGAAUAUGACAGAUAGUAUGGAAAUAAUAUUUCACAAAAGGUUUUAUUUAUUUUGUAACCUCCAGCCACACUCUGUGAAGCUAACCAUUCUAUGCCUUGUAACGCUGUUUAUGUUCUCUUGUGAGAUGUGAGAUGUUCUGAUGUGUAAAUGUAUGUGACAUAUGUAUGUGGCGACAUGUUUGGUAACUUUAAAGCUAUUCAGACAGUAUUAGAUAAAAAAUUAUUAUUCUCAAAUCUUCAUAAAACAAAUAAAUAUGUUUUCAAUAAAA